AUGGAGGAAAUAACACAAGAAAUUCUUAUUGAUGAUAUGACUAAUGAAAAUUGUGUAAGAACUAUUGAAAAUACAGUAAUUAAAUUAAAUGGAAUUCAAUCAAUUAAAGUUUCAUUUGAAGAUAAAUUAGGAACUAUUGUUUAUAAUUCAAAUAUUAUUGAUAUAAAUAAAAUUCUUAAAUAUAUUAAAGAUUUGGGUUUUAAUGCUGAACUUAAACAAUCAAUAAAAAAUGAUAAACUUGAUGUUGAACUUGGUGGAAUAUCUGAUGAAAAUAUUCCUAUUGCUAUUGAACGUAUAUCAUCAAUAAAAGGAAUUUUAAAUGUUAUUUUUCCUUUAAAAAAUGAUAGUAUUCAUGUAGAAAUAAUUUAUGAUAAAAAUCAAAUAGAUCCUUAUACACUUUAUCAAAAAAUACAAUCAAUUGGUUAUAAAGUAAAUCCAAAAUUAGAAAAUAUUUCUCAAGCAUAUUUACGUAUACAAGGAAUGCAUUGUAAUUCAUGUGUUAUGAAUAUAACACAAACAAUUGAAGAUUUACCUGGUGUACAUCAUAUUAAAGUAUCAUUUGAUGAUCAAUCAGCUAAUGUUUUAUAUGAUUCAAAUAUAAUUAAAGUAUCAAAUAUUAUCAAAGAAAUUGAAAAAUUAGAUUUUCAAGUUGCAAUUUCAACAACAAAUGAUGAAGACAAAUCAAAAGAUUAUAUCAAUAAUCCGGGUACACCAAUAUUAUCAGGUAAAACAACUCAUCACUUAAACUCAAAAAUGAAAAUAUCAUCAACGAAUAUAAAUGACGAUGCAGAAACUUGUUUUGUAAGCAUAACUGGAAUGACAUGUGCUAGUUGUGUUGAUUCAAUACAACGAAAUCUAUCUAAAGUUGAAGGUAUUCAGUCAGUUUGUGUUGCACUUUUAUCACAUAAAGCUGAAAUAAAAUAUAAUCCUGAAUAUAUCAUUCCAUCUCAAAUUGUUUAUUUAAUAAAUGAACUUGGAUUUCGUGCUGAAAUACUUGAUACAAUGGAACAUGGUGUAGAUUUUAUUGAUUUACAUAUUGAAAAUAUGACAUGUUCAUCUUGUGUACGAAAAAUUGAAACAUCUAUUGGAAAAUUACCUGGAAUAUAUAGUGCUGAAGUAGCAUUACUUACUAAUCGUGGUAGAUUUAAAUAUGAUUCUUCAAAAAUAGGUCCAAGAGAUAUUAUUCAUGAACUUGAUUCCAUAGGUUUUCCUGCUGUAUUAGUUAAUGAAGAUUCUAAAGCAGUCAAUUUAGCAAAAAUUCAUCGUCGAGAAACUCGAAGAUGGCGUAAUUCAUUUUUACUUGCUGCAAUUUUUGGUAUUCCAGCAAUGAUAAUUAUGAUGAUAUUUAUGCUUAAAUGGAAAGAUCAUCAACAAGCACCACAAGUUAUACGUGGUUUAUCUUUAGAAAAUCUUAUUAUGUUUCUUUUAUCAACACCAGUACAAAUGAUUAGUGGUCGUUAUUUUUAUAUUCAAGCAUUUAAAGCAUUAAAACAUCAUUCAGCUAAUAUGGAUGUUUUAAUUGUUAUGGCAACAACAACAGCAUAUGUUUAUUCAUGUUUUGUAGUUUUAUUUAAUAUUAUGAAAGGUCUUCCAAGUCCAAUUACAUUUUUUGAUGUACCACCAAUGCUUAUGAUGUUUGUUUCACUUGGUAGAUGGCUUGAACAUAUAGCUAAGGGAAAAACAUCUGAUGCUCUAACAAAAUUAUUAUCAUUACAACCUCCACAAGGAAUAUUAGUUCGUUUAGAUGAAGAUACGGGUACAAUUAUUGAAGAAAAAAUUAUUCUUGCAAAACUUAUUCAACGUAAUGAUAUAUUAAAAGUUUUACCAGGUGGAACAAUUCCUACUGAUGGUCGAAUUAUUCAAGGUACAUCAACAUGUGAUGAAUCAUUAAUAACUGGUGAAGCAAUGCCAGUUGAAAAAACUAUGGGUUCACAAGUUGUUGGUGGAACAAAAAAUUUAAAUGGAAUGUUAUUAAUACGUGCAACACAUGUUGGUCAUGAAACAGCACUUAAACAAAUAAUUAAAUUAGUUGAAGGAGCACAAACAUCAAAAGCACCUAUACAAGCAUUAGCUGAUAAAAUUGCUGGUUAUUUUGUACCUAUUAUUGUUGCUUUUUCUGGUAUUACAUUAAUCGUUUGGAUUAUUAUUGGUUAUACUCAUUUUAAUCAAAUAGAAAAAUAUUCAAUGUAUCAUCAUUCUAUGAUGGGACAUCAUGAAGGAACAGAACCAAGUCAAAUGGAAGUUGUACUUGAAUUAGCUUUUCGUUUUGCUAUUACAGUUCUUUCAAUUGCUUGUCCUUGUGCUCUUGGACUUGCAACACCAACAGCUGUUAUGGUUGGUACUGGUGUUGGUGCUUCUCAAGGAAUUCUUGUUAAAGGUGGUGAACCAUUAGAAACUGCACAAAAAAUUCGUACAAUUGUUUUUGAUAAAACAGGUACAAUAACACAAGGUAAACCAACAGUUGUUGAUAUACGUUUAUUUCUUCCCAAUGAUACUUAUUGGACAUUAAAACGAAUGUUAGCAAUAGCUGGUACAGCUGAAAGUGGUUCUGAACAUCCAUUAGGUAAAGCUAUACGAACAUAUUGUAAAGAUUUUUUUGAUUGUGAACAAUUUGGUCAUUGUGAAGAUUUUAAUGCUAUAUGGGGUUAUGGUUUAAGUGUAAAAGUAAAUGGACUUGAAAAUUUAAUAAAUAAAAAUAAUGAAUUUAAUAAUAAUGUAUCAUUAAAUGAUAAAGAAUAUUUUGUUUUAAUUGGAAAUCGUGAAUGGAUGGAAAGAAAUAAUAUGCAUGUAACGAAUGAAAUUGAUUCAGCAAUGUCAAAACAUGAACAUGAUGGAAAUACUGCUGUAUUGGUUGCUGUUGAUAAUAUAAUUAUUAGUAUGAUUGCAAUAGCUGAUCCUAUAAAACCUACAGCACCAUUGACAAUUUUUGCUCUACAAUCAAUGGGUCUUGAUAUUUUACUUGUUACUGGUGAUAAUAUUAAAACUGCUCGUGCUGUAGCUGCACAAGUUGGUAUAAAAAAUGUUUAUGCUGAAGUAUUACCAACUCAAAAAGAACGUUUUAUUGCAACAUUAAAAGAAAAUAGUCGUAAAGGUGAUAAAGUAGCAAUGGUUGGUGAUGGUGUAAAUGAUUCACCAGCAUUAGCUCGUGCUGAUAUUGGUAUUGCUGUUGGUACAGGAGCUGAUGUUGCUGUUGAAGCAGCAAAUAUUGUUUUAAUACGUGAUGCACUUGAAGAUGUUCUUGCUGCAAUACUUUUAUCAAAAAAAACAGUACGAAGAAUAAGAUUUAAUUUUUUAUUUGCUAUUAUUUAUAAUCUUAUUGGUAUACCAAUUGCUGCUGGAGCUUUAUUACCAAUUGGUAUAUCAUUAACACCAUGGAUGGCAUCAGCUGCUAUGGCUUUAUCAUCAGUUAGUGUUGUUAUGUCAUCAUUAUUAUUAAAAAGAUAUCAUAAACCAGAUAUAAAUAUGUAUAAUAAUCAUGAAUUUAAUUUAUGGUCAAUUAAUAAAAGUAAAAAUAUAAAUGUUCAUCGUGGAAUUGAUGAUCUUGAACGAACACCUAAUGGUUCAUUUAUUUCAAGUUUACGUGGUAGUCGUUUAGCACAGAUUUUAUCUGGUGCUGUAUCAGCUGUAAAACAGCAAGCAUCACAUUCAUUAUAUGGUAAACAAAAAUCAACAUUAUUACUUAAUGCAAAUUCACUUGAUGAUGAAAUGGAAUUGCAUGUGAUACCAUGA